AGAAUGGGGAGGCAACCAAUCACGUGCCAAGCCCGCCUGACCUGGAGAGGUGCCCUGGCCCAGUUCCUCCGCCAACUUUGUGUCGUCGCCUUUGUUUUCUUCCGCUUGGGAGGAGCCCCACCGCCACAGUGAUGUUAGAUGGCCCUAAAAGAAAUGUUUUAUCCAGUGCCUGCUCUGCUUCACAUCUAUCCCCAGACCUUAGGACUGUGUGAGGUGGGUAUUUUUCCAGCUCUCCCCUGAGAGAACCGCUCAAGGAGGUUAGUAGUAACUCAUCCAAGGCCUCCUGCCUGGUAAGUGUGGAAGUGAGACAGGAUACCCUCUACCGCCACCCUCCGAAAGCCAGGGUGGGCUUGCUUUUUUUUUUUUUUUUUCCCUCCCCUCAACAAGCUGCCUCUGGGAGCCCAGGAAGCCCCAGAAGGUUCUGUGGCUGAGGAGACUUCUCGAGGGCUGCACGCCCGGGGAGCCACACCGAACAGAAGCAGGGCUCUGGCUCUCCGGGUCUGGGUUCCCAGGUCCCAUGCAGAGAGUGCGGCCAUGAGCACUGCAAGGGCAACAGGCCUGCUCCUGGCAGCACAGGGAGCCCGCGCGAGCAGGCAGGUGGAGCUCUUGCUCCGCGCCAUGGCCCCUCUGCGGUCUCUGCAGCCGUUUGCAUUUCCUGAAACCGGAUCUCGGUGUCAGAGCCGCCCCCGGGCCGGGCGGCACCUCAGCCAUGGCCCUGCGCAAGGAGCUGCUCAAGUCCAUCUGGUACGCGUUCACUGCCCUGGACGUGGAGAAGAGCGGCAAGGUCUCCAAGUCCCAGCUCAAGAUCAUGUCAUCUAGUGGGGGCUUCAGGAUAGACAGGAGAACAGCAGAUCAUCCAAAAUCCAGCCCUGCAGAAACCCGUGCCCUACAUCCACCUCCCACUGCCUUUCGUAUCUUGUAGGAACAAUCCCAACCUCCAUAGUUUAUCUCCAAGGUGCUGUCCCACAACCUGUACACGGUCCUGCACAUCCCCCACGACCCUGUGGCUCUGGAGGAGCACUUCCGGGAUGAUGACGACGGCCCCGUGUCCAGCCAGGGAUACAUGCCCUACCUCAACAAGUACAUCCUGGACAAGGCCUGGUGGCAGGUGGAGGAGGGGGCUUUCGUUAAGGAGCACUUUGAUGAGCUGUGCUGGACCCUGACGGCCAAGAAGAACUAUCGGGUGGACAGCAACGGGAACAGCAUGCUCUCCAAUGAGGAUGCCUUCCGCCUCUGGUGCCUGUUCAAUUUCCUGUCUGAGGACAAGUACCCUCUGAUCAUGGUUCCUGAUGAGGCUCUGGGAGCCAGAGGAGCCCCCCCCAACCCCAGCAUCGUCACAGGCAACACUGCCUGCUGCAGUCCCCAGGUCUCCCUGCUCCUCCAGGUGGAAUACCUGCUAAAGAAGGUGCUCAGCAGCAUGAGCUUGGAGGUGGGCUUGGGUGAGCUGGAGGAGCUGCUGGCCCAGGAAGCCCAGGCAGCCCAGACCACCGGAGGGCUCAGCGUCUGGCAGUUCCUGGAGCUCUUCAACUCGGGGCGCUGUCUUCGAGGUGUGGGGCGGGACACUCUCAGCAUGGCCAUCCACGAAGUCUACCAGGAGCUCAUCCAAGAUGUCCUGAAGCAGGGCUACCUGUGGAAGCGAGGGCACCUGCGGAGGAACUGGGCAGAACGCUGGUUCCAGCUGCAGCCCAGCUCCCUCUGCUAUUUUGGGAGUGAAGAGUGCAAGGAGAAAAGGGGUACAAUCCCGCUGGAUGCACAAUGCUGCGUGGAGGUGCUGCCCGACCGAGAGGGGAAGCGCUGCAUGUUCUGUGUGAAGACAGCCUCCCGCACGUACGAGAUGAGCGCCUCCGACACGCGCCAGCGCCAGGAAUGGACGGCGGCCAUCCAGACCGCGAUCCGGCUGCAGGCCGAGGGGAAGAUGUCUUUGCACAAGGACCUGAAGCAGAAGCGGCGCGAGCAGCGGGAGCAGCGGGAGCGACGCCGGGCGGCCAAGGAGGAAGAGCUGCUGCGCCUGCAGCAGCUGCAGGAGGAGAAGGAGCGGAAGCUGCAGGAGCUGGAGCUGCUACAGGAGGCGCAGCGGCAGGCCGAGUGCCUGCUGCAGGAGGAGGAGGAGCGACGCCGCAGCCAGCACCGCGAGCUGCAGCAGGCGCUGGAGGGCCAACUGCGCCAGGCGGAGCAGGCCCGGGCCUCCAUGCAGGCCGAGAUGGAACUGAAGAAGGAGGAGGCUGCCCGGCAGCGGCAGCGGAUCCAAGAGCUGGAGGAGAUGCAGCAGAGGCUCGAGGAGGCCCUGCACCUGGAGGUGAAAGCUCGGCGGGACGAGGAGGCCGUGCGCCUAGCCCAGACCCGCCUGCUAGAGGAGGAGGAGGAGAAGCUGAAGCAGCUGCUGCAGCUGAAGGAGGAGCAGGAGCGCUACAUCGAGCGCGCGCAGCAGGAGAAGCAAGAGCUGCAGCAGGAGAUGGCGCUGCAGAGCCGCUCCCUGCAGCAAGCCCAGCUGCAGCUGGAGGAGGUGCGGCAGAACCGGCAGAGGGCCGACGAGGACGUGGAGGCUGCCCAGCAGAAGUUGCGCCAGGCCAGCACCAACGUGAAACACUGGAAUGUUCAGAUGAACCGGCUCAUGCAUCCAAUUGAGCCUGGAGAUAAGCGUCCCACCACCAGCAGCUCCUUUACAGGCUUCCAGCCACAUCUACUUGCCCGCCGUGACUCCUCCCUAAAGCGCCUGACCCGCUGGGGAUCCCAGGGCAACCGGACCCCCUCGCCCAGCAGCAGCGAGCAGCAGAAGUCCCUCAAUGGUGGGGACGAAGCUCCCAUCUCAGCUUCUACCCCUCAGGAAGACAAACUGGACCCAGCACCAGAAAAUUAGCCUCUGCUAUCCCCUCCCGCCCUCCAACCUCAUACCCACCAGAACCUGGCCACAGCUGGCCUGUGGGUGAUGCCAGCCCCCACAGAAGAGGGAGCUGAAGUCCUGGUGCCAGGAGCCCCCUCGGCCCUCCAGCCAUGACACAGUCCAGAAUGGAGCCUAGUUCAUUUUUGGCACCAGCCCCAGGCCCCUGACCACUGAGGCUGUCUGGGAUGUUGAUCCUUGAGAACUUGAUCUUGUGCCUUAACCCCAAGGACCCUGUGCCCUGGGCUGGAUAAGAGAGCAGACAAGCAAGCCAACGGCGUGUGCCCUCAGACGGCCACUAGGUGGUGGAGGCGCAUUUCCAAAUAAAAAUUGCUCUUGGAAUGAA